AAUUUCCCACAAUUCUAUUUCUAACGAUGGAACAAAACAUAAUUAAUGUGUUGCGCUUCCCCACUUGUGAGCUGCGUUGGUUGGAGGAUUUAAAAGUUUAAAAAAGGGAUGUAAAUAAUCAAUUAAGAAGAGACAAAAGGUGUUGCCUUUUUUGUGUAUGGAGAGGGAGAGAGAGAGAGAGUGAGUGGGAGUGUGGUUUUCUUGUGUAAAACUCCCAUCUUUUUCCAUCUCACAUCUUUAGGGUUUCAAAAGGCCAAAGCUUUUUUGAUGUUUCGUGUCCAUAGUAGUUUGUUGUGAGAUAAUUUGAACACCCUUUUUGGUUUGUGAAAGCUACAUUGAUAAUAGAAAGUGAGAAAUUGUUGUCUUUCUUGGUACAUUGUUGCAUUUUGAGCUAUCAAUUUUUUUUGUCGGAAGGAGGAGCUUGAAUCUUGAAAAAGGAAGGUUACCAACUCCUCCAUGGUGAUAGAACGGUGAAGUUUCCUUUGUUUAGAUCUCCAUAGUCCAUUUUGUGCUGUCUUUUUCCUUCCAAUUCCAAUGUGUUAGUGGUCUGAAAAUGUGGUGUGAAGCUCUGGCUUUGUGUUUGUUGCAGUGAAAGAACACAUUUUUAGUGGAAUUCAGUUGUGGGUGUUUUGUUUGGUUGCUGUAUAACACAGUACAUUUCCUUAGAUUUCAAAUCUUUUGGUACAUUUGUGGAUAAACCAGAUUGUUUUGCUUGGGGUUAGAAUGAGGAUAUUUAGGCUUCUUGUUGUGAGUCUUUGUUGUGUCUCCUGCUUCGGACAGCUCCCGUCUCAGGACAUCUUGGCAUUGCUUGAGUUCAAGAAAGGAAUCAAGCAUGAUCCAACUGGUUUUGUAGUGAACUCAUGGAAUGAUGAGUCAAUUGAUUUCAAUGGCUGCCCUUCUUCUUGGAAUGGAAUCAUGUGUAAUGGUGGUAAUGUUGCUGCUGUUGUUCUUGAUAACUUAGGCUUAUCUGCUGAUGUGGAUUUGAGUGUGUUCUCUAAUCUAACAAUGCUUGUGAAGCUGUCAAUUGCAAACAAUUCCAUCUCUGGAAAGUUAGAGAAAAGCCUAGGCAACUUCAAGAGCCUCGAGUAUCUCGAUGUUUCGAAUAAUUUGUUGUCCUCUUCAUUGCCAUCUGAGAUUGGUAAUCUUGCUAGCUUAAAGAAUCUGUCACUGGCUGGAAAUAACUUCUCUGGUGCAAUUCCGGACUCAAUAUCCGGUCUUGCCUCGAUUAGGUCUCUAGACAUGAGCCGGAAUUCGCUCUCGGGGCCCUUGCCUUCAUCCUUGACGAGGCUGGGAGGUUUGGUGUAUCUCAAUUUGUCGUUGAAUGCCUUCACAAAGGGUGUCCCGAAGGGAUUGGAGCUGAUGACUGAGCUUGAUGUGCUCGACUUACAUGGAAACAUGCUCGAUGGCAAGGUUGAUCCUUUGUUCCUGCUGCUCACUACAGCUAGCCAUGUUGAUCUUAGUGGGAAUUUGCUAGUAAAUGCUGCAGAGGAUCAGAAGAAGUUUCUAGGAGGAGUUUCUCCAUCUCUAAAGCAUUUGAAUCUCAGCCACAACCAGAUUGUGGGAUCGCUCGUUGGUGGUGGCGACGCGCAAGCUUUUGGGAGCUUGAAGGCCUUGGAUUUGAGCUACAAUCAGCUGUUUGGGGAAUUGCCGGGCUUCAAUUUCGUUUAUGAUCUCGAAGUCUUGAGACUUGGCAACAACAAGUUUACUGGCUCCGUCCCGAACAACCUUCUGAAAGGAGACUCUUUGGUCCUAACUGAGCUGGACCUAAGUGGGAAUAACCUUACAGGGCCUAUAAGUAUGAUUACUUCGACGACGUUGCACACUCUUAACCUGUCCUCUAAUCAGCUCUCCGGUGAGCUUCCUCUGCUGACAGGAAGCUGUGCUGGGAUUGACCUGUCAAGAAACAACUUUCAAGGAAAUUUGACUAGGUUGGUUAAAUGGGGGAAUGUCGAGUUCCUUGAUCUAAGCCGGAACCAAUUGACAGGGCCUAUUCCAGAGGCAACGGCUCAGUUUCUGCGUCUGAAUCACCUCAACCUCUCCCACAAUUCCCUGAAUGGCUCUCUUCCUAAAGCUAUCACACAGUUUCCAAAGCUCACCACUCUCGAUCUCAGCUUCAAUGGAUUAGACGGACCUCUUUUAGCUUCUCUUUUAACGUCAGAUACUCUCAAGGAGCUUUAUCUGCAGGGCAAUGCCUUCUCUGGGAGGAUUGAGUUCUCGCCUCUCUCUAACAUUACAAAUUUUCUUGUUAUUGAUCUUGCUGACAACAAGCUUAGCGGUGAGUUGCCUGAUGGAUUUGGUUCGUUUACUGGACUUCAAACGCUCAAUGUCGGAAGAAACAAUUUCUCAGGGCCUUUGCCUAGUUCAUUUGGUAAUCUCACAGACUUAAACUCGUUGGACAUAUCCGGGAAUCAUUUCACCGGGCAUCUGCCAGAGAAUUUGGCUGAUAGUCUCCAAAGCUUCAAUUCUUCAUACAAUAAUCUCUCCGGUGUGGUCCCUGAUAAUCUGAGGAGGUUCCCGACGUCUUCGUUCUACCCUGGCAACUCCGACUUGCAAUUCCCUAAUCCUCCUCCGGGAUCAAGGCAAGGCCAAGCUGGAAACUCGAGUAAUAAUCGUAUGAGAACUAUUGUUAUCGUGGCAAUAGUAGUUUCGUGUGUGGCUGCUUUGAUCAUUCUGAUCCUACUUGUCGUUUUUAUCUGUCGCAAGCGGAAAUCCAAGAGGCCGUUGCCUGUUGUCACCACCAAAGACGCCAGCCGCCCUUCAACGAAUCCAUCUAGCAUCGGUGGCAGGGACCGCGCUAGUGGCUUGACUGUUUCAGCCGAGGAUCUAGUGAGGUCGAGAAAAGGGUCGUCGUCCGAGAUAAUCGACCCGGAAGAGAAACUGGCUGCAGUAACAGGCUUCUCCCCAUCGAAGACAGGCCACUUCUCGUGGUCACCUGAAUCCGGCGAUUCAUACACUAUCGAUAGCCUCUCGAGAUUAGAUGUCAAAUCUCCCGACCGGCUGGCAGGCGAGCUGUAUUUUCUAGACGACACUAUCUCGUUCACCGCUGAGGAGCUGUCACGAGCCCCAGCCGAAGUCCUUGGACGGAGCAGCCACGGGACGUCCUACAGAGCGACUCUGGAGAACGGGCUGUUCCUGACCGUGAAGUGGCUGAGGGAAGGAGUUGCUAAGCAGAGGAAAGAAUUUGCUAAAGAAGCAAAGAAAUUUUCCAACAUCAGACAUCCAAAUGUGGUAGGGCUCAGAGGCUACUACUGGGGGCCCACGCAACACGAGAAGCUCAUUCUUUCCGACUACAUAUCGCCCGGUGGCCUCGCGAGCUUUCUAUACGAUCGACCGGGGAGGAAGGGUCCGCCCUUAACGUGGGCGCAGAGGCUCAAGAUCGCAGUAGACGUUGCACGUGGCCUAAACUAUCUCCAUUUCGACCGAGCCGUGCCUCACGGGAACCUCAAAGCCGCAAAUGUACUACUCGAAGGGCCCGACCUCAACGCCAGAGUGGCCGACUACUGCCUGCACCGUCUCAUGACCCAGUCAGGCACCAUCGAGCAGAUCCUCGACGCUGGCGUUCUAGGUUACCGGGCGCCAGAGCUGAUCGCGUCCAAGAAGCCCCUCCCGUCGUUCAAAUCGGAUGUCUAUGCGUUCGGAGUCAUAAUGCUGGAGCUCCUGACCGGGAAAUGUGCUGGUGAUGUCGUCUCGGGUGCGGAUGGAGGGGUCGGGCUGUCGGAUUGGGUCCGGUUUAAGGUGGCGGAAGGGCGAGGAGCGGAGUGCUUCGAUGCUUCGUUGGUGGCGGAGAUGAGCGUCCCUGCAGCCGAUAAAGGGAUGAAAGAGGUGCUCGGGAUCGCCCUCCGGUGCAUCCGAUCGGUGUCGGAGAGGCCGGGGAUCAAGAAUGUGUAUGAAGAUCUAUCGUCCAUUUAGGUUUGGUUAGUGAAGAAGAUCAAGAUAUGAAGUGGGGAUGAAAUAUCUCAUUAUCACCUCCCUUAUUUUUUUUUGCUUUUGAGUAGUGGAAGUAGAAAGUUUGUUAUUUUUCUUUUUUAUUUUUGCAACAAUUGUUGUAUAUUGGGACUAUCUUGAUGUAUACCAGCUUCUUUUUUCA